AUGGCAGGUCACUUACUGAAAAUCUUUUUGGCAAUCUCAGUGUGCCUUUUGCUUCCGAAACUAUUCAGUCUUGGAUUCAUCUCGCCAUCGCAGAGUUCAGAAGUGAAAUGCAUUAACAGAGAGAGAGAAGCACUCCUCAACUUCAAACAUGGCCUCAUAGAUCUCUUUGGGAUUCUGUCAACAUGGAGGGAUGAUGGCAAUACAACUGAUUGCUGCAAAUGGAAAGGCAUUCAGUGCAACAGUAGAACAGGUCAUGUACAAUUGCUUGAUCUUCGUGGUUCAAUAAUGCAUUAUUUGGUUGGUUCAAUGAAUCUUACUUCAUUGAUUCACUUGCAAAAUAUGGAAUAUUUGGAUCUCAGUUAUAAUUUUGACAGUAGUAGCACUCCAAUCCCAGAGCAAAUGGGUUCCUUCAAAAAGUUAAGAUAUCUUAAUCUAUCAUAUAUUCCUUUUGUUUGGGGAAUCCCUUCUCAACUGGGGAAUCUCUCAAAGUUGGAGUAUGUUGAUCUUCAAGGAAAUUCUUUCGAUGGAGCAAUCCUUUCAAAACUGGAAAAUCUCUCAAAGUUGAAGUAUCUUGAUCUUAAAGAAACUGAUAUUUGUGAAACAAUCCCUUCUCAACUUGGGAAGCUUACAAGAUUACGAUAUCUGGAUCUAAGUGUCAAUAAUCUCCAAGGAAAAAUCCCCUAUCAACUCGGAAAUCUCUCACGCUUGAGGUAUCUUGAUCUUGAUCAAAAUUCAUUUUCUGGAGCUAUACCUUUCCAGGUUGGAAAUCUUCCUCUGUUGCACACUCUCAGACUAGGUAAUCUUAAAAUUAAUGAUGCAAAGUGGCUGUAUUCUCUCUCUUCGUUAAGAACGCUUAGCUUGAGGUCGCAGCCUGAUUUUGGCUCCUCUUGUCAUAUGAUCAAUGAGCUUAUACCUAACUUAAGGGAGUUGAGGCUAGUUAAUUGCAAUCUUUCUGAUAAUGAUUUUUCAUCUUUGUUUCGUUCUCAUUCCAACUUUUCCACAUCUCUUACUAUCCUUGAUCUCUCUGAUAAUGUUUUGACUUCAUCAACAUUUCAGUAUCUGUUCAACUUCCCCAAACUACAAGAACUUUAUCUGAAUAAUUGCAGCCUUACUGACCGAAGCUUUCUUGUGCCGCCUGCUUCCAUUAAAAUAUCUCUACCUUCUCUUUUCACUCUUGUUCUAUCCUCUAAUCUAUUAAAAUCAACGGCUAUAUUUCAUUGGAUUUUCAACCACACUGCCAAUCUUCGAGGUCUUUCUCUUCGGAAUAACUUGUUAGAAACUCCCAUUCAGAGUGGAUUUGGGGAAGUGAUUAACUCUCUUGAACAUCUUGACCUCUCUUUUAACAAACUACAAGGUGAAAUUCCAUCUUCUCUUGGGAAUAUAUACACUUUGCAACAAUUACGCCUUAGUGACAACAACCUGAGUGGGGAACUUUCUAGCUUCAUUCAAAAUUCUUCAUUCUGCAACUUUCAAAGUCUAGAUUUAUCUUUUAACCGGAUUACGGGAAUGCUACCUAAUCUUUCACUCUUUACAUCUUUAAGGAGUUUACAACUUUCCAACAAUCAGUUAAGUGGAGGAAUACCAAAAAGCAUUGGGUUGCUUUAUGAGUUAAAGUAUCUUGACCUAGCGGAAAAUUACUUGAAAGGUGAAAUUCCGGCCUUUUUGUCACAGGUUGAUGGAUUAGAUCUUUCGAACAAUAAUAUUUCGGAUUUAAGUUCCUUUGUGUGUGGAAAAAUAGCAACUACAAAUAUCCGCACUUUGGAUUUGUCAAAUAAUCAAAUAAAUGGACAACUUCCCGACUGUUGGGAACAUCUAAAUUCGUUAGAAUUUCUUGAUUUGAGCAAUAAUAAAUUAUCAGGGGAGAUUCCACAUUCUAUGGGCACUCUUGUUAAUUUGGAAGCUAUGGUCUUGCGAAACAAUAAUCUAACUGGAGAACUACCUUCCACACUGAAGAGUUGUGCUAGUUUGAUUAUAUUUGACAUGAGUCGAAAUUUGUUGUCUGGUCGAAUACCCUCAUGGAUUGGAGAAAAUCUACAAGAGUUGAAAAUCUUGACCAUGCGACUAAAUCGCUUCACUGGAAGUGUUCCUGUCGAAAUUUGUUAUUUGGGGAAAAUUCAUCUUUUGGAUCUUUCAAUGAACCACUUAUCUGGUGGAAUCCCAACGUGUCUGAGCAAUUUCACGGCAAAGAAGGAAAGGAACCUAAUUACAAGACAAAUUAUAAGGGAACGAAAAAUUUCAUCUGAUGAAUUUAACUUUAAUAUUUAUGACUUUAACGUGCUGCUUAUGUGGAAAGGUAAUGAUUUUGUGUUUUGGAAUCCUGAUGUUCUUCUAAAUAGUAUUGAUCUCUCAAGUAAUAAGUUGACGGGUACAAUACCCAACGAGAUUGGAUACUUACUUGGAUUGGUUUCUAUGAAUUUAUCAAGAAACAACUUAAAUGGAGAAAUUCCUUCUUAUAUUGGGAAUUUAAAUUUGCUAGAAUUCCUAGACUUAUCAAGAAAUAAUUUCUCUGGCAAUAUUCCUUAUACUCUUCCCAACAUUGAUAGUCUUGGUGUGUUAGACCUAUCAAACAAUAAUCUUAGUGGAAGAAUCCCUCUGGGGAGACAUUUUGAAACCUUUGGUGCCUCUAGUUUUGAAGGAAAUAUUGAUCUUUGUGGUGAGCAACUUAACAAAAGUUGUCCCGGAGAAGAGACAAUACAAAAACCACAAGAACCAGCUAUUGAUAGUGAAGAUGGCAAUUCAGUUUUCUAUACAGCAUUAUACACGAGCUUGGGGCUAGGAUUCUUUGCUGGCUUUUGGGGCUUGUUAGGGCCAAUGCUACUUUGGCAACCAUGGAAAAUUGCUUAUUUGAGAUUGUUGAACAGACUCAUAGACUAUAUACUUUUAAUGGUUGAACUAAACAUUGCCAAUAGAUUGCUCAAAGGAUAA